AUGAAACGAAAUGAAAAAAAGAAACAUCUGGAAAGACCCUACAACAUCCAACAGGAUGCGCCUCAGCUUCGGUCAUUCAUUGCGGCCCCAGGCUGCAGUCAGUACUCUUCUGAUGGCUCUUCUGAAAAUUCUUCCUGUGACUCUUCAUCAUCCAAUCUUGGUCAUCAUGAUGCGGAUGGAUUCUAUCAAUUACAACAAAAUGUUCCGUAUCUUGGGGAACUUAAUAUGCGUGAGUCCCUAUCAGCAUGUAAACGGAAGAUCAUGGAUUGGUACCAAGAAGGAAGCUGCAACUUUCAACAGAUUGUGCCUCAUCCUUUGUCAUUCAUGAAGUUUCUAGGCUGCAGUCAGGCAGCAGAAGAAAAUACGAGCUCUUCUGAAAAGUACUCCUGUGACUAUUCAUCAUCCAAUCUUUCCGAACAUGAUGAGGAUGGAACCUGCACCUUUCAACAGGAUGUGCCUCAGCAUCAGUCAUUUAUGGAAGCUCCAGGCUGCAGUCAGGAAGAAGAAGAAAGUACAUCUUCUUCUGAAGAGUCUUCCUGUGACUCUUCAUCAUCCAAUCUUGGUCAUCAUGAUGAGGAUGGAUUCCAACAAUUACAACAAAAUGUUCCCUAUCUUGGGAAACGUAAUAAGCCUGUGUCCCAGUUUGCAUUGAAACGGAAGAUGAUGGAUUGGUACAGACGAGGAUUCCAACAAUUACAACAAAAUGUUCCCUAUCUUGGGAAACGUAAUAAGCCUGUGUCCCAGUUUGCAUUGAAACGGAAGAUGAUGGAUUGCGAAGUUGAAUUUAAGAGAAGCUACUUUGCAGAUCAGACAGAAGGAGUGACCCUAAUUCACGGCCUGAAAGCACGGAAGGCCUCUUCUUCAGACAAUGUAUCCUCCAUCUCUUGUAAAGACAGGCUAACUGGUGCUGGACCCUCCAACAUUCAACAGGAUACUCCUCGGCCUGAGUCCCAUGUGGAGGCCCCAGGCUGUAGUCAGGAAGGAAGAGAAAAUACAUCAUCCUCUGAAUAUUGCUCUUGUGUCUCCUCAUCAUACGAGCUUCCGUGUUAUGAUGAGGAUGGACUCUGCAACAUCCAACAGGAUGCGCCUCAGCUUCGGUCAUUCAUUGCGGCCCCAGGCUGCAGUCAGUACUCUUCUGAUGGCUCUUCUGAAAAUUCUUCCUGUGACUCUUCAUCAUCCAAUCUUGGUCAUCAUGAUGCGGAUGGAUUCUUUCAAUUACAACAAAAUGUUCCGUAUCUUGGGGAACUUAAUAUGCGUGAGUCCCUAUCAGCAUGUAAACGGAAGAUCAUGGAUUGGUACCAAGAAGGAAGCUGCAACUUUCAACAGAUUGUGCCUCAUCCUUUGUCAUUCAUGAAGUUUCUAGGCUGCAGUCAGGCAGCAGAAGAAAGUACGAACUCUUCUGAAAAGUACUCCUGUGACUAUUCAUCAUCCAAUCUUUCCGAACAUGAUGAGGAUGGAACCUGCACCUUUCAACAGGAUGUGCCUCAGCAUCAGCCAUUUAUGGAAGCUCCAGGCUGCAGUCAGGAAGAAGAAGAAAGUACAUCUUCUUCUGAAGAGUCUUCCUGUGACUCUUCAUCAUCCAAUCUUUGUCAUGAUGAUGAGGAUGGAUUCCAACAAUUACAACAAAAUGUUCCCUAUCUUGGGAAACGUAAUAAGCCUGUGUCCAAGUUUGCAUGGAAACGGAAGAUGAUGGAUUGGUACAGACGAGGAUCCCAUCUAUUACAACAAAUUGUUCCCUAUCUUGGGAAACUUAAUAAGCCUGUGUCCCGUUCAGCACGGAAAUGGAAGAUCAUGGAGGGGCCCAUUGGAGGACCCUCCAACAUUCAACAGGAUACUCCUCGGCCUGAGUCCCAUGUGGAGGCCCCAGGCUGUAGUCAGGAAGGAAGAGAAAAUACAUCAUCCUCUGAAUAUUACUCCUGUGUCUCCUCAUCAUACGAGCUUCCGCGUUAUGAUGAGGAUGGAAUCAAGGAGAGACGUGUACCCAAGAACUUGGUGCAAACAGAGUCUUCCUCUGACUAUUCAUAUAGCUCCAAUUCCUCACAUUCAUCUAGUAAUAAGGAGCCCGGCCUCAUGAAAAUUUACUAUAUGCGUGUACAAAUGAAAAGGGGUGUGGCUGCCUUGUGCAAUACAGGGGAAGGAUGGGAGCCUCCCUCAAAAAAGAUCAAAAUGGAAGAAAUGACCUAUACUACAGAGGUGCAUAAAAAUGUCCCCCUCUCUCACAUGUCUGGGGAGAAUCUCCUAAAUGACCCUGAGCCCAGCGUAGACAGUCCAGCCCAAGAGAAAAGGGAGAAGGCUGGCUGUAGCGCAGAACCUCCAAAUCUGGUGGCAUAUCGCAGGAUCCCAUUGUGGAGGGCCCUGGAGAGCGGGUUCAGGUGCCUGGCCUGCUGCCGCGUCUUUGCUAGCCUGGAGGCCCUUCAGGGGCAUGUGGAGCAUGGGGUCCAGGAGGGCUUCAGCUGCCAUGUGUUUCAUCGAGCCAUGGCUCGUCUGAAGUACAAAAAGCUUAAGAGAAAGAAGAAGAAAUUGAUGAAGGCAACAUUAAGUUGCCAGGAGAAAAAACAUUUUGACAGGAAGACAAACUUGAAAAACUAA